AUGGCAUUGCGGCAGCGCGGUGGUGGUGGCAGGGCGGUUACAGUGUGGUGGCAAAGCGAUGGCAGUGCGGCAGUGCGGUCUCAGUGCGGCGGCAGUGCGGCAGCGCCGUGGCGGUGGCGGUGGCAGGGCGGUCUCAGUGCGGUGACAGAUCGAUGGCAGGGCGGCAGGGCUGCGGCGGUGGCAGUUCGGCGGCAGAGCGAUGACAGUGCGGCAGGGCGGUGGCGGUGGCAGGGCGGCCUCAGUGCGAUGGCAGUGCGGCAAGGCGGUGGCGGUGGCAGGGCGGUCUCAGUGCGGUGGCAGAGCGAUAACAGGGCGGCAGGGCGGUGGCGGUGGCAGGGCGGUCUCAGUGCGGUGGCAGUGCGGUGGCAGUGCGGCAAGGAGGUGGCAGGGAGGUGGCGGUGGCAGUGCGGCGGCAGAUCGAUGGCGGCUCGGCGGCAGAUCGAUGGCAGUGCGGCAGAACGGUGGUGGUGGCAGGGCGGUCUCAGUGUGGUGGCAGAGCGAUGGCAGGGUGGCAGGGGGGUGGCGGUGGCAGUUCGGCGGCAGCGCGAUGACAGUGCGGCAGGGCGGUGGCGGUGGCAGGGCGGUCUCAGUGCGGUGGCAGUGCGGCAACGCGGUGGCGGUGGCAGGGCGGUCUCAGUUCGGCGACAGAGCGAUGGCAGAACGGCAGGGCGGUGGCGGUGGCAGGGCGGUCUCAGUGCGGUGGCAGUGCGGCAAGGAGGUGGCAGGGAGGUGGCGGUGGCAAUGCGGCGGCAGGUCGAUGGCAGCUCGGCGGCAGAGCGAUGA